AUGGACGGAGGACGUGCCUGGAUGAUGGCAAACCUGACUCUUAGGUUGAAGAAGGAACGACGCCCAGCCCGUCACCUGGUCGGUCAACCGCCUCGAUGUGCUUUCAUGGACGAGAAGCCAGUCUUCAAAGAUAGCCUCAUCCCACAUGACCACGACCAUGUUCUUCAUCAUCGUCUUCAGAUCCUGCAUUCACCUCAUCUGCAACCCAUCUGUAAGCUCGCCAUGUACCUCGGCUACAAGAGCAGUCAUAUUGCGAUCAAAGACGAAGAUAGCUCUCAAGUUGUUGCAGGGCAUAAGAGACCACAAUCAGCUCAACCGAUGUCACGGAAGAUACAUCUCGACCAAUCGUCUGAAAAUGUUUCCAGGAACCAAACAUCAUCAAAAGGACAAACUUCCUUGGAGCAGACCUACCAGCUACGUCCUAAAUCAGCUACAUCGAAAUCAAGGAAGCUUGUUCUCAGUCCUGAUUCUCCUUCAAAAUCCCAGCCGAGUGUUUUUUCCAGCUCGAGCAACUUUCCAGACGAAGCUUCACACAUGAAACGCAAACGACCUCGACUCAUCAAAAGUGGCCACUUUCUAGACCUUCUGAGCAGGAAGAAAUCACAAAGUUCGAUUGUGAUGACAUCAACAAAGGUCCUCGAAGCGGAGAUCAAGCAGACCACUACCGUCUUUCAAAGUGUUGAGAUCGUCGUCUGGAAGAAUCAUCCAUUUGCUUACAUAGCUCUGCUUCACUCAAUGCUACAGGGGAAAGAUUUGACAGGAAUACUGAGAUUGCUAGUUGAUCCUUAUUUCCUGUGCAAAUGUAUUAUCAAUUCUGGAGUUGAUUCACUUAUCGCCUUCAUUGGCCGUUUACAGGAUCGCGUUCAGACUGAAUUUGACAACACACGAGGAGCUGCAAAAACUCUGUCGCAGUUAAAGUCGAAAUUGGUAAGUGUUGCCUAUACCUUCAGACUUGAAGAAAUCAAAAUAUUUGAAUUGAUGCAACAGUCCAGUGAGCUUGUAUCAGAGUUUGAAAUGAAUUUGAAACGAAGCUUAGAUGAAGCCUCAAGAUUUCUUCGUCUUCUAGAAGCAUCCCAAGACGAAUUGAGGAGUCUGAAUUUCAAAUCACCAGAAUGGGCAGCGAUUCAUGAUUAUCUUAUGAUGUUAGAUCAGCUCGGAGUCACGAGCAGUCUGAGCCCUGAGGAAAACAAAAUGGUUGCUCACCAUGCCACAGCUAUGGAGACUCGCUUCACUGAAGACAUCAGUCACGAGGCUGAAAAUCAUUUCCUACUGAGUGGUAUUUCUCACAAAAGCUCUGAUUCGAUUUAUGUUUCUUCAAGAUCUAAUGCAGUGUUGUGCCCGGAUCUCUCAGGAAAGAUAGAAGAUUUGAUGCGUGAACUAUCACUGUAUUACAACUGUUCCUUUGAGGAACAAUCGAUCAAAUUCUUAGCUCAUGAUUAUGCCAAAGUGACACUUCCGAGUGAGCAAUGCAAGAUCAGUGAAAACGAUCAGACCAGACCCUCUGAAACAUUAACAAUCUCAAGACUCAGGCGACCUAUGUGGGAGAAAGCAACGUUUUAUCUCGUAUUCCAUGAUUCAAGCUUUGAUCAAAUACUUUGGCUGCUCGAACGCGAGGUUUUUCCUCUCUUACAGUGGUUCCUUCGAAAUCACUUUGUUGAGCUCUCAUUCGUCGCGUUGGGACCGCAGAGCGAACACUCGCAAAACAAGACACUGAGAGAUAAGAAGUCCUCUGUCAAGACCAACGACAGCCCUUCACAUGACUCAUUCUUUGUGCUUCCCAUCAGAAAUGGCCACACGUUUGUUGAGAGAGAAAAAAACUUUGUAUAUGUCAAUUGCUCGGCAAAAAUUCACUCCGGUGAAGAGCAGGCUGUUUUGAAACAAAUGAUUGUACCAUGCCUUCUCACGAUGGUGUCUGAGCUGUAUCCAAAGAUUGACUCUUCCAAACCUAUUGCCACGAAUGUAAUCAUUGGAGAUCAGUCACAGACUAUGAGGGCGAAGGCGAGGCUAUUUGUGAGUUGGAAGACACUGAGACACACGGUGAAUCAGAUCGCCAAGUUCUUUCAGAGGAAGGGCCCCUCAGCUCUGGUCAGACUGAGCGGCUCUCUUGGAGUCGGUAAGAGCAUGACCAUGGCUCAUGUAGCAGAGAGCAUUGCGCUAUCUUCAACCGACAAGCACCGGGUCAUCUAUUACCGAGAUGCUAUCCAACACAGCUCUGUCUCCUUUCUCCAGUACCUGACCUUUUGUAUCCCUGAAUGCAAAAUGUCUCAAUUUCACUGCAAAAGGUUUGGACAAUGGUUGCAAUCUUCGGACUUCUCCCUUGACAUCAUAGCCGAUGGGGUGACGCAGGAAGACAUCAAUACUUUGGAAACAAUCUUUCAAUUUGCACCCGAUCUGCAAAGGAAGGUGAGGAUAUUGUAUACACUCACAGCUGGCACAACGAGACAUCAAUGUAUCCACGUGUAUCCCCUCCAUUUUGAUGAACGCAUGACACUGAUCGACGAGAUGUGCAACCGACAUGAUUUGGAAUUGGACAAGACCUGUAAACAGAAUCUGGCAUCCAAGAAAGAUUCAAGGAUUCCAUUGUAUGUGGAAGCCACCAUCAAAACAAUCGCAUUGUUUACAAAGACUGUCUCUGCCUUUCAUGACAAUCUACUUUCACGUGAUGAUGUGUUGUGGCACGUGAUUGAUCAAUGCCCUCAAGAUUUGGACGACCUUUAUGAAUAUCACACGAUUCCAUUUCUGGAAUUCAAAUAUAAUAAGGCGAUUGUUUCAACAGUGCUGCAAUUUUUGUAUUUCACAGAGAAGGCAAUUUCAUUCUUUACCUUAUGGAAGAUGGUUCAAGAACAAUUGAGUGCCGAACAUCUCAAAGAUCUUGACUCGAUCACGUUUUACAGUGAUCUGGCACACUUUCUUCUUGACGACAGUGAUACUAGUGACUUCCACAUUUACAUGAAGCCCAAAUCAAUCUUUCGCAAAGCUGUGUCUCGACGUUACUUUCGGGAUUACAUCUUGAAUGAGAUGGAGGCUAACAACUUGCAGAAAGUGUUGAAUAGGAGAGAUUCCAUCGACAAGAUAAUCUUUUCCCUCCGCAACGCAGUUGCUGAAGAGCAAGGAAACGGAAUCAAGAACGUGCUCUCCUUUGACGAUGUUGACACGAACGACUUGGAAAGCGACAACAAAGACGAUCUCUUUCCAUUCACUCCUGAGACCAAACUAUACUUCAGGAUCAAAGCGAAGAGGAAGGAGAGUGCGGAUGAUGCAGCAUCCAGAAAGAAGACUCUAGCGGCGCAUGCUCUCACUGUUGCUGAAUCGCACAUGGGUGGUGUCCUCUGCAUAACAUCGUGGUCAAAGAAUGGAAACAACUUCAUAGCUACUGGUGGGAACGAUCACAAUGUGAAUGUUUGGUACUUCCUUUUCAAAGCAGACUUCUUAUCACAAAGUUAUCAAUCAUGUAAUUUUCUCCACAAUUCUCGGCUUGUUGAUCUUAAUUACUUCCUGUCUAAAUCAGACUCAAUCGUCCCCAGCAACUUCUUCCAGCGGUCUCACGUGCUGACGAGUCUCAAGGGGCACGGGCGGGCUGUGACUUCGCUGGUGUAUAGCUCCGGGCUUCUCUUCAGUGGGAGCUCCGACAACUUGAUCAAGAUCUGGGAGACGCAGAAAUGGGAGUGCAUACAGACACUGAAGAUGCACAAGGGCAUGGUGACGACCCUGUUACACUCUGAGCAGCACUUGUUCAGCGCUGGAUCUGACGGGAAGGUGUUUGCUUGGAGAGUUGGGGAACACCUUCCAUCUGCAAGUUGGGACAGAACAAAGAGAGCUCAGAUCUUGUGCAUGCACAUAGUCGGCGACCUCUUGUAUGCUGGCCUCGAGAGGAGAUGGGACGAAGCCGGCAAUCCGAUCAGAAUCUGGAAGAUGGAUCUCACGCAAGAGGUGGGUCAACUUCCCUCCAAAGAGGUGCAAGAGCUUGACAAGGAAUCGUCCAAGAACAAGACGCUUGUCAGCAUCAUCCAGGAAAAGAUCCGAAUCCUAUCCAACGAGACUUACAAAACACACAGUCCGAUCAGAAAGGGUGAGUUACACCAGGAAAUCCAGGAGCAACAAAAUCUCAAGAGUACAUUGAAGAAGAAGAUACAACAUCUCCAAUCAAACUUCAAUCGAAUGAAUGGGAGUCUCUACCACACCACCGACGUGUCCUGCAUCCACGCGCCAAUUUCGAGCUCUGGGUCAAAACCGAACCUCCUGUUCACCGCGGGAUCUGACGUGAUUCUGGUGUGGGACCUCAACAACAGGAUGUGCCUUGGAUCUCUAGAAAACGAGAAGGGCAAGAACGUGUUCGUGAAGUGCAUGAGCAGCGCCGACAACGUGCUGUACGUGGGAGGAGGUCUGCUACCGGAGGGCGGCGUCUCGCAGCGAGCAGGUCGCGUAACGGUCUGGAACUGCACGAGCAGGAGGUACCUGACGUCAUUGAGCACAGAGGGGGUGGUGGUAGCGCUACACCUGGUUGAGAACAGCCUGAUCGUGGGCACCAUGGCUGGCUCUGUCCAGAUCUUCACGACCGACAGCAACUCGAGCGCCUUCGAUAUGCACCUGAGGAAGCAGACGCGGCUGGUGGAGGAGCUGCAGAUAGACCGGAGCUUGUCUUACGACCAGAAGAAGCACGAGGUACAGCAGGCAAAUCGCAUCUGCGACAUGUUGGACCUCAUCAGGAUGUUCUCCUCAGACCCGUCGGUCAUCACUGCUCUCCUCGUCAAACUCACCUCCCUCCUCGACGAGAAGAGCCUCGAGAUCGACGAGGCCAUCAUUGAAGCCCUGGAAGCGCCAUCCACCGUCUUCGAUCAUCACAUCCUCGCCUCCCACGAGACCCUCAGCUCCCCCAUCAGGCUGGACAAGUUCCUGCCCAUCAUCAAGAGGCUACACGGAAUGACUCAGAUCCGCACUGCCGCCUGCCUGAUCAUCCUCGAGCGGCUCUUCACGCCCAUGAGUUUCAAGGAGCUGCACGCGCAUCGCUCGCACAAGCAGGAGCAGGAGCACCCGGCGGCUCUCAAGAAGCUUCGGAGCAAGAAGCAUGACGCGGGCGAUCACCAGCGCAAGGAGACCAUGACCUCUCUCAUCGCCGAGGAAGCCCUCCAAGUCAUCCUUCACUUCGUUCGACACUACCCGUCUGACGUCACCUGCAUGGAACUCGCCAUGGCCGUCCUGCGCUUCAGUGCCUUGGAGUGCCCCGCCAUGACGCUGAAGACGAUCCAAGGGUGCGAGGAGGACAUCUUCGACGCCCUCGAGCUGAUCUGCCUCGAGCCCAAGUUUGAGCAGCACGGGACGAGCAUCCUGUCAGACCUCCGGGUGGUCCAGCGACAUCUGGAGCUGAGGGUCAACGGGAAGGUUUUGCCCAUGUUGGCAGGCAAGAUGACGUCAACGUCCAACACAGUCUUCAAGUAUUUUCAUCCUGCUGAAUCAUCUCAUACCCGCCAUACAGAGGAGACGUGGAAGCACUUGCUGCAUCGCAUCUGA